UUGCUGAUUACCAAAAAAAACUACAUGGUUAAUACACUCCGAUUUGAAAUGCAUUUACUUAAACAGUUAUUCUGAGUAUGUAAAUGCAUUGUAUUUGAACAGAAUAAACUGUUUUAUAUUUUUCUCUAGAACUAUGUGCGGCGGUAGGAUAUUUAUUUUAAAAACCUAGCCUGCUCUACCUUCUUUUUUCUCCGUUGUUGGAUGGUUGGAAGCCAUGAUGGAAGCUUGAGUACUGCUGGACAGGAACGCGAGAAGAUGAUUCCCAGGGACAUAUAUGUCAAACGGCUCUGUGCAUAUAUUUCAUAUUUGUAGCCAAUAUACAUGCACGGUGGAGCCUGUCACUUUUUCGCAUGUAUUUUGGCAAUAAAUCGAAGAAGAUGUUGAUUCGCUAGGAGGUUGUUGGAUUAAAAUGGGCUGUUAGCUGCUGUUGCUAACAAGCUGGCUAGCUAGCUACGUCUGAGUGGAUACAGUACUCUUCUGGUUAUUCGGAGGUUAGUCUUCAAAUUCAAGAGCCGGAGAGUUUUCUCUCCUCUGGCCGGUCAAUCACGGCAGCAACGGUAGAUCAAGGGGUUACCUCAAGGUUUGGAGGGGGGAGAUUUGUAUGUAUUUUUCAGGUGAGAGUUUCAAGCCAGAUUCCAGAAUUGGGGAAAGUCGGGCCUGCGAGGAGCAGAGCAAGGCCCGUCUUUAUGAUCCAGAAAUCAGGACCCAUUCUAGCUAGUUAAUCCUCCGCAACGACAGAGCCGCAGCUAGUUUUUCUAGUCUGUCACACGGAAAUUGCUAAAUCAGAAGAGCAAAGGGUGAUCCAGAGGCAGGUGAAAGCAAACACAACGUUUAAUACAUUUUAACUCAAGAGACUCCUGUCACCAACGCAACGUUACCGUUGCAAUGGCUGCGAUAAUAAAAGAAAUGGUCAGCCGGAACAAAAGGAGAUACCAAGAAGAUGGUUUCGACUUGGACUUAACGUAUAUAUAUCCCAACAUUAUUGCUAUGGGAUUUCCUGCAGAACGACUCGAAGGGGUGUACAGAAACAAUAUAGACGAUGUUGUACGGUUUCUUGAUUCAAAACAUAAAGACCAUUAUAAAAUUUACAAUCUUUGUGCAGAACGACACUAUGAUGCUGCCAAAUUCAACUGCAGAGUUGCACAAUUCCCCUUUGAAGACCACAACCCGCCUCAGCUAGAGCUCAUUAAGCCGUUUUGUGAAGACCUGGACCAGUGGUUGAGUAAAGAUGACAAUCAUGUAGCAGCUAUCCACUGCAAGGCAGGGAAGGGACGCACUGGAGUGAUGAUAUGCGCCUACCUCCUGCACCGCGGCAAGUUCCAGGAAGCCCAGGAGGCCCUCGACUUCUACGGCGAAGUGCGGACGAGGGACAAGAAGGGUGUUACAAUCCCAAGCCAACGGCGCUAUGUAUACUACUACAGCCACCUGCUCAAGAACAAGUUGGACUACAAGCCGGUUGCUCUCCUCUUUCACAAAAUGGUGUUUGAGACGCUACCAAUGUUCAGCGGAGGCACCUGCAGGGACAGUACCGUUAAAAACAGGAGCGAGCCAGUCCCUCAGGGCUUCAAGAAAGGGAAUUGGCAUUGGGAUCCUCAGUUUGUGGUGUAUCAACUUAAAGUCAAGAUCCACACGUCCAACCCGGCACACACACGGAGGGAAGAAAAGCACAUGCUAUUUGAGUUUCCCCAGCCGCUGCCCGUGUGUGGGGACAUCAAAGUGGAGUUUUUUCACAAGCAAAACAAAAUGAUGAAGAAGGAUAAGAUGUUCCACUUUUGGGUUAACACCUUUUUUAUCCCUGGGCCACCGGAGGAGAGCCUGGAGAAGGUGGAGAACGGAUCCGUGGUGGUGAACGACGUGGACGGCGUCCAGAACCAGCCCCAGGGCGCCCCUCAGCUCCCACAGAGCGCCGAGCACAGGGACAGCGACAGGGACUACCUCAUUCUCGCACUCACCAAGAAUGACCUGGACAAGGCCAACAAAGAUAAAGCUAACCGCUACUUCUCGCCUAAUUUCAAGGUUAUGCUGUAUUUCACAAAAACCGUCGAAGAUUCUUCAAAUUCUGAGGCAAGCACUUCAACGUCAGUCACUCCGGAUGUUAGCGACAAUGAGCCUGACCAUUAUCGGUAUUCUGACACCACUGACUCUGAUCCGGAAAAUGAACCUUUUGAUGAGGAGCAGCACACGCAGAUCACAAAAGUUUGAACUCUUUUUAACAGGGAGAAGAAAAAAUAUAUACACCAGAGAAAAAAGGAGAAAAACUUGAAUAUGAUAUCUUAAAAGAAAACCCUUUGUCCCCCCUUCCUCCCCCAGAUGGCAAUAGAGCAUCGUCAAAUUUUAGGAGAAAAAAAGGAAUAUCUCGACCAAUAUUAUUUGUAUUCUUUUCUUUGGCACGGCCAUGUACCAUACGCUAGGUAUUGACACUGUUGCCCUGUGGGGGAAGGUGCUGUAGCUCUGUGUGUAUGCGUAUGUAUAUAUUAUAUGUAUAGACAUGUAUGUGGGUGUACGUGUGUGUGUGUGUGUGUAUAUAU